AUGUCUCACCGCCCGAGACCCACGGCGGACUCGGACUCGGACUCUGAGGAUCCACGCCACAUCCUCAAGUGCUAUCGGAGUCCAUUCACGCCCUCCCGUGUCCCUGGGUUAGUUCCGGCAGAGCGGCCACGGCCCCUUCCCAUGUCCCCGCUCCCAAACCUCCUCGCACACUGCCCCGGGGUCUCCAGGAGAGGCUGCACUGGACAUUAG